AUGUCCCUGGCCGCCUGCCUUGCCCUCGUAGCUGUGGCUGCGGCCAUUGCAGAAGUGCCGGAGACAUGCUUCGACACGUCCUGUGAGAAAGAGGAGGUGAAGUUGCUUCAGGCCAACACGCACAUGCAUCCCUCCGGCCCCAGCAGCUUGUCUCAACGAGAUGUGGCACGUGCCAAGCAGCUGGUGCCUGGACCGGCGUUCAUCGCUGCACACGGGGAGUCGAACACCCUGCUGAACAAGCAUCUUCUUCGCAUCACCAAAGGCAAUGCCAAGCCGUGCAAUGACUUCACCAUGGCUGAAUUGGAUCACGUCCUUGCAGCCAUCGACCAGAAAAGCCAUCCUGGAUUGCAGCAGAUCCAUGAGAGCAACCGCCACCCCACCGACGAGCACUGGACGGAUCCACGCAGCAAGGAGGCCGUGAACCUGCGUGCUGACAAGCUAUCCCCAGAGCUUCUCGAGAUGGCCACGAAAGAAAAGAAGUGCUACGAUGCUGCCAUGCACUUCACGCACAGCAUCAGUGAUGAAGAUAAGAAGAGCCUCCUCUCUGGCAACAGCAUCCCGUUGCUCCCCGAACGCGCUGCUCAUGAAACCAACUCGCUCUUAGAGAAGGCCUCUGGGGAGCAAGUGUUCAAUGCCAACUGUGCCGCAUGCCAUGCAGGUGGACAGAAUGUGAUCAUGCCCGACCUUACCUUGGAAAAGGAGGACCUGAAUCAGUAUCUGAAGGGGGGCAACAGCAUCAACAAUAUCAAGACCCAGGUCACCAACGGCAAAAAUGCCAUGCCGGCUUUUGGAGGGCGGUUGAGCGAUGAUGACAUCGACAAUGUUGCCGAGUACGUGUCUCAUAGGGCUGGAACAGGCUGGUGGUGA